UUGUUACCACUGCUGUUCCUAGGGCACGUUGCUGCUGCUGUUGGGUUUGUCGCAGGGAGGAAUCCGAGCAAGGAAAGGAAGAAGGUGGCGAUGGAGACCUCCGCUGCUGAUUGAUUGUAGUGAGAGACGUUGUAGCCACCACUUUUCAUUUUGGAUUACAUUGAAAUUGUCGCUGAUGCUGUGAAUUCAGAAUAAGCGGGCUUAUCGUGGUUAAUUCGUGCCAGCUAAUCGAGAGUUGAGAAUUUGAAAGAAAAGAAAUGGGGAUAAAGAAGAGCGAAAAAGGCAGCAAGAAAGUGAUGGAAAAUAAGAAGAAUGAGAAGAAAGAUGUUGGCAGUGCUGCCAGCAAUGCAACCAUAGGAAAUGACAGCGUUUUUGCUUCUUGCUCCUUCUCUAGCCUUGGUCUUCACCCUUCCUUGUGCGAUGAACUGCGUGAAAAAUUGGGAUUCGAGGUUCCAACUCUGGUGCAAGCUCAAGCCAUUCCUGUUAUUCUCGCUGGCCGUCAUGCACUUAUUAAUGCUGCCACAGGCACAGGGAAGACAGUUGCCUACUUAGCUCCACUUAUUCAUCACUUGCAGAAUUAUGAUACUCGCACACAACGCUCUGAUGGAACAUUUGCGUUGGUUCUUGUACCGACGCGUGAGCUUUGUCUGCAGGUUUAUGAAAUUCUUCAAAAGCUAUUGCAUCGAUUCCAUUGGAUUGUUCCCGGGUAUGUUAUGGGUGGUGAAAAUAGAUCAAAGGAGAAAGCUAGGCUACGCAAAGGCAUAUCAAUUCUUAUAGCAACACCUGGGCGCCUUUUAGAUCAUUUGAAGAAUACAUCAUCAUUCUUGUACACAAAAUUGCGCUGGAUAAUUUUUGAUGAAGCUGAUAGGAUUUUGGAAUUAGGAUUUGGACAAGAUAUACAGGAAAUACUACAUCUUUUGGGUUCAAGGAAAGCAGCAAAUGAUAACAAGGAGAGUACAGUUCCAAGAAACUCUGAAUUUCAAAGGCAGAAUUUGCUUUUUUCUGCCACCUUAAAUGAGAAAGUGAACCAUCUUGCUAAAAUAAGUUUACACAAUCCAGUGAUGAUUGGUCUUGAGGGUAAAACAAGAAAACCAGUAUCAACAAUUGAAAGCAUUGAUCCUUCAGAGUCUGAUGAAGAAGACGAAGUCAAGUAUUCCAGUAAAAUAGCAACAGCUGUAGAUUAUAAAAUCCCCACACAGUUAAUUCAGAGAUACGUGAAAGUGCCUUGUGGUUCUCGGCUUGCUGUUCUUCUUUCAAUUCUAAAGCAUCUUUUUGAAAGAGACACUUCACAAAAGGUUGUGGUAUUUUUUUCGACAUGUGAUGCGGUAGACUUUCACUAUUCGCUACUAAGUGAGUUCCAUUUCUCGACUGAUCCUCAAACAAAAGAAAGGGUCAUACAGAUGUUUCUUGGAUGCCAAACUUUUCGAUUGCAUGGUAAUAUGGAACAUGAAGACCGGAGAUCUACUUUUCAGGCUUUUAAAACUGAGAAAUCUGCUUUGCUUUUGUCCACUGAUGUUUCUGCUAGAGGCUUGGAUUUUCCUAAGGUUCGAUGCAUCAUACAGUAUGAUUCUCCUGGGGAAGCUACUGAAUAUGUGCACAGAGUUGGUAGAACUGCUCGUCUGGGUGAAAGGGGAGAGUCCUUGUUAUUUCUGCAACCAGUUGAAAUAGAUUAUUUACAGGACUUGGAGAAACAUGGUGUUUCACUAGCAGAGUAUCCUCUUCUCAAAGUGUUGGAUAAUUUUACAUUACACGGACAGAACAAACAAGUAAAGAAGUCUGUUUUCAUCGACUUGCAUCCUUGGGUCCUUUGUCUCCAGAAGGCACUUGAAUCAUUCAUCAUUUCCAAGCCCAAGAUGGAUGAACUUGCUAGGAAGGGAUUUUGCUCUUGGGUCCGUGCUUACACAGCACAUCGUGGUGAGCUGAAAACAAUAUUUAUGAUCAAGAAACUUCACUUGGGGCACGUGGCCAAAAGCUUUGCGUUGAAACAACAACCGUCCUUAGUUGGACAAUCCUUCCAAAAGCAAAAUAAGAAGAGAAAGAGAUUUGAGAAGAAAAGUGGGCUAUCGAAAAAGAGAAAAGUUGCUAGAGUGACUUAAUGCAAACCAUGACAAUGGCUGAUGAUGCAGUUUUGAUGAAGCAAAUGAUAAUGAAAAUGACAACUAUGGAUGGAUACCGACAUACUGUGUCAUGCGAAUUUGGAUCAUUAUCCCCUAAAGCCAUAGGAUUCGAUACAAAGCUGACACCAAGUGAUCCGAGAUAAAGUAUCGUAAAGAGUCCUUCCUCCAUUGGGGCACUGUUCUGUUGUCGACAUGAGCUGAACAAAGCUUUAUAUGCUUGAUGCUUGGUACUUCCGUUGUGUAUCAUUUAACUUGUACUAUAUAAAAUACGGUAAUUAUGUAAUUCAACUCAUAGUAUUGUAGGAAAGUUUGAAAGGUGAUGAAAUGUAUUCUUUUAUUGGAUCAAUUUGGGAUAAAUUCCAAGAACUCAACAAGAAUGAGACUGAUCAUGUGGAGUACAAACUGCUUUUUGGAAAUGUAAGAUAUAUAGGAUUAAGUACUAUUUUGGUCUCUAA